AUGAAUAGUUUAGACUAAUCACUACAAUCAGAAUUUUAAGAAUUCAGAACCUAAUUUUAGCAAUCAGAGAAAGUUAUCAACAAUCCUGAAUCUUUGUCAUUUCAAUAUAAGCCUUAAGGACAAUCACAUCAUUCUUCUAUUUAGUUAUAGUCAGCAGAAUAAUAAUCGCUUUAAUAAUUUAGUUUAGUACAUCUCUAGGAGUAACAGCCUGCUGAAAUAUAGGACACAUCAUAAUUUGAGACUGAAUAGUAUUUGAACAUUAGUUUCCAAGAUAUUAUUUAGUUGAUUUUUAACAACCAAUGUCCACAACUAAACAGCGCCCUCAAAAUCAUAGUUUUCAGAAGCUACAUACUUGUAAAUCUAUUCACAAUAUUCAACAUCAUUUUUAUUUUGAAUGAGGUCAUAGCAAUGUAUUUUUCACUCAUUACAAAAGAUGAAAUAAAGGAAUUAUUUAGUGUCUAUUUUGGUUUUAACUUAAUCUCUGAUUGUUUAAUUCUAUACAUAAACUGUUAAUUAAGGUACAUAAUUAAUGAGGCAGAAUAAAUAAACUAAGGAGAUGCCAGUUCUCAGAUUAUCGAAUAUUUAAAAUAUACUAUAAAAAGAAAUAGUCCUUUUGAAGACAUAGUGGAAGACGAGGAGCAGUUGACUCAAGCAUAAUAGGUUGCCAUCAGCAUUUCAGAGAAGAUUACAACAAUAAAGUGGUUAUCCUAUUUAUUAGAGAAUUAGAAUUCUUAGAUAUUUGCACUAAAUAGAGUUUGUUUGCUGACUAAAAUAAUAUUAUUUGCUUGGGGUAAUAUCACGAUUGUGUAAUGGAUAUUCAUAAAUUGGGAUAACAACAACAUCAAUAUGAAUUAAUUGGAUUCAAUUUUGAUUGUUUUGACAGUAUUCUCAAUGCUAAUAGGUUAUAUCAUCAUUAUCAUUCUGUUGAGUCUAAUCCUGGUGAUUUGUGCUAUAAUCCCAAUCAUCAUUGGCAUGGCUAUUUGGUAAUCUUGCAAUUGGUGCACCUAUCUAUAUACUGAAUAUAAGCUUCACAGAAUUGCUCAGUAAAGACAACGAUUCUUAAAUAAUUUAAUACCUUUGAAAUUCUAAUAAUUAAAAGAAUAAGAUGAAAGUAUUCACGAAGAAUGCUCAAUAUGUUUAUCCACUUAUUAAAUGGAUGAUAAUUGCGUCAAAUUACCCUGCAAUGUAGAGAGUGGCAACAGGAAAAUUAAUCAUGUUUUCCACGAUACUUGCAUUUUGGUAUGGAUUCAAACUUGUGGAUCUUGUCCGAUCUGUAGAACUGUUUUUAUUGAGAGAUAUGAACAAUGA